AUGCCUCGUGUCACUAACGCCGCGCUCAUGGCAAUAUCUGCUAUUGCUAUCUCAAGUGCCCCCACGGCGUUAGGUUUCCAGUCGGGGAGCGGAGGACGUGUUGUGUGGGAAAACAAUUGCGACUUUCAUUCACAAGACUACCGAUCGAUGAGGGCUAUUCCCAACGUGUGCGGUGACGUGUGCGCCAGCGACGCAGCUUGCACGCACUGGGCUUGGAACAGCUACAACGGUGGCACUUGCUGGCUCAAGAGCGGCAACCGGUCAUCUAAAAAGGCCAAGUGGGGCACGAAUUGCGGUUACGUGACAUCCCGAAGCGCCGGAAGCUCGCAAGGACAAACACAAGGACGAACACAAGGCCAAGUGACAGUACCCAGCAGUGGUCUGACCUCGUCCGAGAUGGGCGAAAUGCUCGGGCGAAUCAAUGCCUACCGGUCGCAAAAUGGUCUUCCGCCACUCAGUCUCGACUCCCGUUUGGUGUCGGCGGCCACAAUGCACUCGCGUGACCAGGCCAACAACUGCAAAAUGACGCAUGAUGGCUCCAACGGCUCGGGGCUCGGCGACCGCAUCAAAGCACAUGGAUACGAUUUCAACUCAGCUGCAGAGAACGUGGCGGGUGGUCAGAACACGGUGGAGUCCGUCAUGACGGCGUGGCAGAACUCGCCCGAGCAUCGCGCGAACCUCUUGGACGGAGACGUGAUCAACGUCGGGUUUGCCAAGGCCGUGAAUAGGGGCUGCAAUGGCUUUGAGACGUACUGGACGCAGGACUUUGGCCGUCGGCAAUAA